CCGCGUCAGACAGGAUAGACGCGGAACUCAAGUAACUAAUAGGUUAAACUUGUUGAUGUAACAGGUUCCUAAGUUUAAUAGUUGCAUUCAUCUCAGUUUCGGCAUACUAACGACAUUUUCCGAGUAAUCACUUCGAUUUUAAAGGCCUAAGUAUUCCAAAUAUCUGCACUUUUUUUGUUUAGCUUUUUACGAAGAUACGGUAGUUUUAUUCGCGGUAAUUACUGCUGAUUUGUUCGUGUAGUUCACCGUUUAUGGGCAAUUUUUUUUUAACUUUAUUCGAACUUGAAAAAUAGAAUAAUUUUCUAUGACUUUCUUUAUAUUCCUCACUUCUCAUUUUCGUUUUUAAAAAAAUGGAGACUUCCAAAAGUGAACCCAAAAAAGAAGAAAUGGAAGAAAAUAAAAGAAAAGAACCGAAGAAAAUUCAAAUUGAAGAAGAAGAACAAUUUGUGAAACUGUUCGAUGAAGUUCUUCAACAAAACAGAGGAAGCUUAUCAGAUGAAGCAAUCGCAGAUGGUGUGGAUAUUGCAAUUCAAAAUUUUAGGAUUGCUAUUUCAGGUGCAUGUACGAAAGAAAAAUAUGAUAAGCCUAAAAUGUUGUGUGGAUUUUUCCAUCGGUACACUUCUCUUUUCGCUACAGUAACCAGAAGCAAAUUCUUUAUUGCCCUUCAAAAAUCUGAAGAACUAAAAUAUUGUUUUCAUCGUCCAACGGUGAAGCUUGUUGACAUCGGUAGUGGACCAGGUAGCUGCUUGGUAGGUCUUUUCAGUGCUCUUGAAAGCUGUGACGAAACUUUUAAUAAAGAAUUUGGUAGUUUACAAUAUAAGUCUCUAGAAGUAACCGCAGUGGAUUAUAAUGAAGAUUGGAAAAAUUAUUUCGUAGAUAUUGUAAAAAAAUUAAUGAAAGGCAACUUUGGAAAUGCAAGUAAAUUAUUCAGCAAGAAACACAUAAAAUGUGACUUUGCUCCUUUCGAUCUGUUAAAUCGUAGUAAUUCUAAAUUAAAAAACGAAUUUACGAAGAUAUUAAACGAAGCUGAUAUUAUUUUGAUGAAAGGUUUUUUGUCCAUUUUGGAGAAUAAUGAUUACAGACAUAAAACAGUUGAGAAUAUUGCAACAGCAAUGAAACCGGGAUCUCUACUUGUAAUCAUAGAAUCACCAACAUAUGAAGUAUAUUUUCAAAAAGAAGGUCUACGUUUGGUUUUUACUACUAGAAAAUUCCUUUCUGCUAGUUCCGAGUCUUUUAAUUUGAAUGAGACUUCUGCAGACAGCCUGCAACAUUCCACAUCUCAAAACACCAAUCUGACGUCUCUAGAUUCAAAUAUGACGACAUCCUUCAGUUCCAACCCUGAAGAUCAAGGUUUCAUUUCUCAGAAUCUCGGAAGUGAGUCUCUAACAUCCGAUACCGAACUUCAAGCUUCCGACUCAGAGUCUGAUCAUGUUUGGCAAAAUUACAAUCCUGAUAGAGAACCUGAUAUAAUUGAUAAAAUAUAUUUAUCUGUUCCUGAAGUUAAGAAAUAUGGCAAGGGUUUCUCUUCUAAUGGAUCAAACCAACAAUUAUUUGUGCUUGUAAAGAAGUAAAAAAUCCUUAAAUGAAAAAAAAAAUGUUUUUGCCUUUAAAAAAAUUUAAUUAAUUAAAUCAUACAGUAUGUUUCAAAGCUCUUUGUUCAAACUUUAAGUAGUGAUUGAACACAUUUUGGUAUUUAUAAAUUACAAUCAAAUCAAUUCGUGCUUUAUCAUUGUGCAAGCAUUGAAUCACAAUAGGUAUUUACUAACUUUUUCUAAAAUUAAAUAAGAUAAGAAAAUAAUUAAUGAAAUAUUUCUUUAGAAAAAAAUAAAGAUAUCCGCCCACUAGAUGGAGCCACUACUUUUGAAGCUGUAUUCACAUAGUCACUGCGAUAGUUGGUGUACAAUGGCGAGAGAACCAUUAUAUACUCUCAAGAUUUCUCAUUUGGCAAUUACAUCUGUAGAAAUCUUGGUAAGAAGUUUUUCAUUGAAAUAAAAGAGACUGUCAUCGUUAAUCACCAAAUGAUAGCAGAAAUAUAUUUAGCAUGAAGAUUUGAGUGUCAGCACUACAACUAUAAUAGCCAUCCUACCACUUCAACAAAUUCUGUAGUGAGUGUUGAUAAUUUUGAAGCACCCUAUGUUAAGUAAUAAUUUUCAAAUAAAUUGUCAUACUUAUUUGAAAUUCUAUAUAAAACGAUAUAAAAUCUA